UCGCUGCUGAAGAGCUCAACCAUUUGUCUAAGUCGGAAAAACGGUCCAUUAGGGUUCGUAGCUCACUGUUUUUCCCCUUUUCUAACGUCAUCAGCUCAUCCCUCAUGCACAAGCGAGUCUAGGGUUAGGGUUUCGGGCAAUAGCUGAGAUGUCUGGUUACAGUAGUCGGUAUGAUGGCAAUGGCGAAGGUUACACGUCGGCGUCUUAUGCGCAGAACAAAGGAGUCGAUAAUGGAGGAUCUUCUCCUUACGAUGUAUUCGAAGAUAGAGACUCGCAACCCAAGGUUACUUCCCGUGGAUCAGAUCAUGAGAGAUCAAGGACUAGGGAAAGCAAUCGGGAUAGGGAAAAGGAUCGUGAUCGCCAUCAUAGGGACUACAAGGAUAGAAGUAUGAGAGAAGAAAGAGGGAGAGAUAAAUAUGAUGAUUAUGACCGUCAUCGAAGCCAUGACUAUGACAGGCACCAUGAUUAUGAUCGAGAUAGAGAUAGGAGACAUAGACAUAGAUCAAGAUCCCGUUCAAGAGAUAAAUCUAGGAACCGAUCUAGAUCACGCUCCCGGUCUCGUUCAAAAAGCAAAAGGACAAGUGGUUUUGACAUGGCACCACCUGGUACUGCCGUGCUGCCUAUUGCUGCUGCUACAGGGCAAUUACCAGGUGUUUCUCAGACAUCGCCUGGAACAUUCCCAAAUGUGUACCCCAUGGGAACUGCACAGUUUGGGGCUAUUCCAGUGCCUAUUCAAGCUAUGACACAGCAGGCCACAAGGCAUGCACGCCGAGUAUAUGUUGGUGGCCUUCCUCCCAUGGCAAAUGAGCAGACAAUUGCAACAUUUUUUAGCCAGGUUAUGGCUGCUAUUGGAGGAAAUACUGCAGGUCCAGGUGAUGCUGUGGUCAAUGUGUACAUUAAUCAUGAAAAGAAGUUUGCUUUUGUGGAGAUGAGAACUGUUGAAGAAGCAAGUAAUGCAAUGGCAUUAGAUGGGAUCAUAUUCGAGGGGGUGUCUGUAAGGGUUCGAAGGCCUACUGACUACAAUCCUUCAUUGGCUGCUGCUCUUGGACCUAGCCAUCCAAGCCCUAAUCUCAACCUAGCUGCUGUUGGUCUUACACCAGGAGCAAUUGGUGGAGCAGAAGGACCAGAUCGUAUAUUUGUUGGUGGAUUACCAUACUAUUUUACGGAGGCACAAAUAAGAGAACUUCUAGAGUCAUUUGGGCCGCUGCGGGGAUUUGACCUUGUCAAGGAUAGAGACACUGGGAACUCAAAAGGUUAUGGUUUUUGUGUAUAUCAGGAUCCGGCAUCGACAGAUGUUGCUUGUGCUGCACUUAAUGGUCUUAAAAUGGGUGAUAAGACUCUUACUGUACGCCGUGCCACUGCCAGCAGCAUGCAGGCAAAACCAGAUCAGGAAAUUAUAUUAGCACAAGCACAGCAGCAGCUCGCUAUGCAUAAAAUAGCCCUGCAGGUUGGUGGCGUAAAUAUAUCUGAAGUUGCAAUGGCACCUAGAGGUCCUAUGGAGACUCCUACUAAAGUAGUUUGCUUGACUGAGGUAGUAUUGGCUGAUGAGCUGAGGGAUGAUGAAGAGUAUGAAGAAAUAUUGGAGGACAUGAGGGAAGAAGGCGGGAAGUUUGGGUCCUUGGUGAAUGUUCUGAUCCCUCGACCAAAUCCAAGUGGAAUACCAACCCCUGGAAUUGGAAAGGUGUUCUUGGAGUAUGUAGACACGGCUGGUUCCGCUAAGGCCAAGGCUGCUCUCAAUGGGAGGAAGUUUGGAGGUAGAACUGUUGUCGCCAUUUAUUAUCCUGAAGAGAAAUAUUUUAACGGAGACUUGUGAUGAACGAUAGACUUUGGUACACUCUUUUCUGUUUUUUUUUUAUGUUUUCUGAAUUCAUUUUCCUUAUGUAUAGUAAUCAACGGUUAGUUCUUGAUUAGAAAGAUCAGAUAUGCAAGAUUUGUUGUAUAAUUAACUC